AAUCAACGGUGUCCUAAUAGUUUGAAGUAAACGUGUGAUAAGGAGAGAUUUUUCGUUUGCAUUCUACGCUAUUAUUUUUUUGAAUACUUUUUCAGAAAACAAGAGCUAUGUCUGACUAUUACGUUGACGAAUACGAGCAUUUCAAUUACGAUUACGACAAGCAUAUCUUUACCGGUCAUAGUGGAAAACAACGAAGCAAACGCGAAGCUCUUACACAUACGAAUCAUUUUGAUCCGUGCGGCCAUUCUAGAAAGAUCCUUACUAAAUUGAUGAAUUCUGAACAUAAUAAGCGAAAUGUUGGAAAGACUAAAGCAUAAACAGAACUCAGAGAUUACUGUUCUGCCCUGAAGUUGCUGUUUUUGAAAAAAGUAUUUGUCAAUUCCAAUUAAUUAAAAUUUCUUGAACAUUUUUGAAUAUGAUAACAAUUUUUUCAUUUCUUUUAUUCUUAGUAAUGCAUUUAGUUACUAAACAUAAAUUUUUACUUAGGAUAAGAUAAUUAGUAUUUAGUACAAAUAUUAUCUUACAAUUAUUACUAUUAUUCAUAUUAUAUAUUGUGAUUUUAAAAUAUAUAUAACUAUUUCCUAAUUAGAUUACUUUUAAUCCAGAAUUGCCUGAAUCUGGAACUUUCAUCACACAUUAGUAUACAGAUAUAUCUGUAUUAAAUUUAUAUAUACUGUACAAAUUUUCUAAAUUUUGUGCAUUUAAGUGAUUAUAAAUGUUUUAUUUAGUUGGUAUUGGAACUCAAUUGCUCAAUUUAAAAAUCAGAAAUAUAUAUGACAAUGUGAAAAUAUUUUAUUUGAUGUGAAUAUUAAGAGGAAUGCAUUUUUUUUUCAUAUUAUGAAAAAUUUUUGUUACAUUUAAAAAAUCAAUUUUAAGUUUAGUAAAAAAUAGAAAUAUUAAAUAAAAAUGAUUGUAUAAUUUUGAAUAAUAAAGUUUAUAAUUAAAGAAA